AUGUCCUCAAUUUCUGUUUUAGGACAAAUGCAACUCUGUGGAGGAUUUGUUGUUUUUACAAAGAUUCAUGCUUUGAUUUGGUUGAAGGCAUCUUUCAGGGGGAGACAUAUGGGUCUUGCAGUGUCUAGCGUUGUUAAUGUGGGAUUGAGUGGGUGUGGUGGGGUUCUCAAAUCUCUGUCUAGUGUGGGAGCAUACGUAGGUGUUUGUUCACAACAGCACGUUCCUAGUUACAUGAAGAACAUUGAUAAGUUCAAGGCUAAAGAAAUCGACUCUGUAAUUUGUGUUUUCGUUAAUGAUCCUUAUGCUAUGAAUGCUUGGGAAAGGAAACUGAGAGCUAAAGAUGUGAACGAGUUUCCAGGCUCAACCAAAGUAAUAGUGGUGAAACUGCAAGCUUUAAGGAAUCAAUUUGAGACCUUAUUCAUGAAAAAUAACGAAACUGUACAUGAUUUUCUGUCAAGAGUUACAACUAUUACUAGUAAAAUGAAGGCCUAUGGUGAACAGAUCACUGAUGAGACUAUUGUUUCAAAGGUGUUACGAAGCUUACCCUCAAAAUUUGAUCAUGUUGUUACAGCAAUUGAGGAGUCCACAGAUUUUUCUGUAUUUUCAUUUGAUGAAUUGAUGGGAUCUUUGCAAUCUCAUGAGCUGAUAAAUGAUGAGGCAGAGGUGGAAUGUGUGGUAGAGGUAGAGGCCAAAGUGGGUAACAAGGUAGAGGCCAAUGUGGGCAAUGACCACAAUAUAGAAAUAGCAUCCAAUGCUACCAUUAUGGAAAGUUUGGGCAUAUUGAGGCAAAUUACUGGGAAAAAACUGAGAAAAUGA